UUUUUAAAUCGGAAGAAUUGCUUUUCGGGCAUAGGGCUGUCGGCGGACUUUAUCAGUCUAGAUUAUAUCUUCUUUUUUUUUUUGCUCUCUCUUUCUUCCCCAAGUCAAAACUCAAGCUGAUGAGCUGAACCACAGAGAGAGAGAGAGGAGAGAGAGAGAGAGAGGUUAAGGUUAUCUGAAUCGAGAGGAGGCGUGGAUUUGAAGCGGUUCGUGAUAAUUGUGGUGAUUUUGAUUAUUGGAGAGAAAUACUAACAAUAAUGGAGAUUCAUGAGUACAUAAGGAGGCACCACAAGCACGAGAUUAACGAGAAUCAGUGCACGUCCGCUCUUGUCAAGCACAUCAUAGCCCCCGUUGAUCUCGUUUGGUCGUUGGUGAGGCGUUUCGAUCAGCCACAGGGUUACAAACCCUUUGUAAGCAAAUGCACCAUGCAAGGUGACCUUAAUAUUGGAAGUCUCAGACAGGUGAAUGUGAAGUCAGGGCUUCCAGCCACCACUAGCACCGAAAGGUUGGAACUGUUUGAUGAUGAGGAGCAUAUCCUUGGAAUCAGGAUUGUUGGUGGUGAUCACAGGUUGAGGAACUACUCUUCAAUCAUUACUGUCCAUCCUGAGAUAGUUGAUGGCAGACGCGGGACUCUUGUGAUAGAGUCAUUUGUCGUGGAUGUACCUGAUGGGAACACUAAAGAUGAGACAUGCUACUUUGUUAGGGCCCUGAUCAACUGCAACCUCAAAUCUUUGGCUGAAGUUUCAGAGAGACUGGCUGCCAUUCACGAAGAGUCCGGUAUCGUUACUCGAGUCCAAGUUUGCGAGUGAGAAGGAUUUGAAAGUAUUUUAGUCCCUGUCUGGCGAGGUUUUAGUUACCCAGAAGAUUUGAAGACAUUGGUUGGGGCAUAUCUUCCUCUUCCUCAAAAGUUUUGACCAGUCAUGCUUGUAGUUCUGUCAUUUUCCUUCAUCAUCAUACUCUGGACAAGCACGUCUGAUAAAACUCAGGUCUCUUCCACAGUUGUGUAUUGGCUUGAGCAUGGUGUAUUAAGUUAUUGUAAUGUAAUUUGUAUAUAAAUGUUUACGAUGUGUUCCCUAUGGACUGGAUUUGUAUUGGUAUUGCGUUCCUUCUGUUGUCACUUGCCGUGGACUCAAUUUCAAACUGUACUUACUUCGGUUCUCAACCGAUGAACAUAAAAACCUAUUGCACAAAGCUGCCACUUACAGUAAGGUAUGCAAGAGGUGUGGAACAUAUUUGUUUGAA